AGCCCCGCCUCCGUCCGCCUCCGCCUGCCAGGGAGCGCGGCUCCGCCCCGGGCUCCUCCCGCUGCCUCUGCUGCUGCUGCUGCUGCUGCCGCUGCCGCCCGGUCACGGAGGGCUGCUCGGCGGGGCGCGGGAAGGAGGCGCAGCCGCCAUGGCGGAGGUGCGCAAGUUCACCAAGCGCCUGAGCAAGCCCGGCACGGCGGCUGAGCUGCGGCAGAGCGUCUCGGAGGCGGUGCGCGGCGGAGGAGGCUCGUCGGGGCUGGAAAGAACUAAAGUGGUGGAGCCCUUGGACUACGAGAAUGUCAUUGCCCAAAGGAAAGCCCAGAUCUACAGCGAUCCGCUGCGGGAUAUGCUCAUGUUCCCCAUGGAAGAUGCCUCCGUGUCGGUGAUCGGGCGUCAGCGGAGGACGGUUCAGUCCACGGUGCCAGAAGAUGCCCUGAAAAGGGCACAGUCUCUCUUUGUUCAAGAGUGCAUCAAAACCUACAGCUCAGACUGGCAUGUUGUGAGCUUCAAAUAUGAGGAGUACUCCGGGGAUUUCCGAAUGCUGCCGUGCAAAUCCUUCAGGCCGGACAAGAUUCCAAACCACACAUUUGAAAUUGACGAAGACUUUGACAAAGACGAGGAUUCUUCGUCUCUGUGCUCCCAGAAGGGCGGAAUGAUCAAGCAAGGCUGGCUGUACAAGGCCAACGUCAACAGUACUAUCACGGUGACCAUGAAGGUGUUCAAGAGGAGGUAUUUCUACCUGACACAGCUCCCUGAUGGCUCCUACAUCCUGAAUUCCUACAAGGAUGAGAAAGUCUCCAAGGAGUCGAAAGGCUGUAUCUUCCUAGAUUCGUGCAUCGAUGUUGUCCAGUGCCCCAAGAUGCGUCGGUAUGCCUUUGAGCUCAAGAUGCUGGAUAAGUACAGCCACUACCUGGCGGCUGAAAACGAGCAGGAGAUGGAGGAGUGGCUGGUGGCCCUGAGGAAGAUCAUUCAGAUCAACGCGGAGAGCCUCGUGCAAGAGAAGAAGGAAGUGGUCGAAUCCAUGCCAGAUGACGACUCGAGCAGCCAAGGGAAGGCGGAGAACAUCCUGGAGAGCCUGGAGCGGAGCAUGCAUCCGGAGCUGAUGAAGUACGGUAGAGAAACUGAGCAAUUGAACAAGCUCAGCAGAAAUGAUGGCAGACAAAAUCUCUUCUCUUUCGACUCAGAAGUCCAGAGGCUGGAUUUCUCGGGCAUAGAGCCAGAAGUGAAGCCCUUCGAGGAGAAAUGCAGCCAGCGCUUCCUGAUUAAUUGCCACACCUUGUCCUUCAACAUCCUUGCCAAUCUCAGCGACCAGCCCGAAGGCCCCCCUACAAACGUGGAGCCUUUUUUCCUCAGCCUUGCACUGUUCGACUUGAAAAACGGCUGCAAGAUUUCGGCAGACUUCCACGUGGACCUGAACCCGUUGCCCGUACGGGAAAUGCUGCGGAACAGCUCUUCUCAGGACCUGGGAAACAACCCCGUAAACGGCCACUUCCUGCAUGGAAUUGCUGAAUCUCACUUGCGGUAUAUCAAGCAAGGGGUGUUUUCUGUCACAAAUCCACACCCAGAGAUUUUCCUCGUUGCCCGGGUGGAGAAAGUGUUGCAAGGAAACAUCGCACACUGCGUGGAGCCUUAUAUCAAGAACUCGGACCCUGCCAAGACGGCGCAGAAAGUCCACAAGCUGGCCAAACUGGUGUGCAGCCGCCUCGGGCAAUACCGGAUGCCUUUCGCUUGGGCUGCCAGGCCCGUCUUUAAAGAUUCACAGGGCACCUUGGACCUGGAGGGGAAAUUCUCUCCCCUCUAUAAGCAGGACAGCAGCAAGCUCUCCACGGAGGACCUUCUGAAGUUGGUAGCAGAGUAUAAGAAGCCAGAGAAGACGAAACUGCAAGUGAUACCUGGCCAAUUAAGUAUUACGUUAGAUUGUGUUCCCCUGGACUUCUCAAUUUGUCUCACAGCCUCUUACAUCCCCAUCAAGCCCUUUGAGAAGCGAGACCAGGGUGACGGCAUUGCUGUCGAAGUGGAAGAAUUUGUCCCCGAGAUCACCAAGUACUGCUAUCCCUUCACCAUCUACAAAAACCAACUUUACGUCUACCCCUUGCAUCUGAAAUACGAUAGUCAGAAAACGUUUGCCAAGGCAAGGAACAUUGCUGUCCGUGUGGAAUUCAAAGACUCUGAUGAGGGAGAAGCCAGGGCUUUAAAGUGCUUCUACGGCAAGCCCGGAGGGCCCCUCCUGACUUCGAGCGCUUACGCGUGCGUCUUGCAUCACAACCAGAACCCAGAGUUUUAUGAUGAGAUUAAAAUUGAGCUUCCAAUCCACCUCCAUCAAAAGCAUCAUUUGCUUUUCACCUUCUAUCAUGUCAGCUGCGAAAUUAACACAAAGGGGACGGCGAAAAAGCAGGACGCCGUCGAGACGACAGUUGGCUUUGCCUGGCUGCCUUUGCUGAAGGAUGGCCGGAUUUUCACCGCCGAGCAACAUUUGCCUGUUUCAGCCAAUCUGCCUGCCGGCUACCUGAACGUUGGGAGUCUGGAGGCACGAAGGCAGGCAAAUAGCGACAUCAAAUGGGUCGAUGGUGCAAAAGCUCUCUUCAAGAUCAAGCUCCACUUGGAGUCCACCAUUUACACCCAAGAUCUCCAUCUCCACAAAUUCUUCCAGUAUUGCCAGACGAUCCACGCAGGGGCCAAGGAAGUCCCCGGAGAACUUGUUAAACACUUAAAGUGUUUGCAUGGCAUGGAGGUCCAGGUAAUGAUCCAGUUCCUGCCUGUGAUCCUUAUGCAGCUAUUUAGAGUCCUCACCAACUGGACGCAAGAGGAGGAUGUUCCCGGCACCUGUACCCUGGCUCUUCUCCAUGUCGUAUCCAGAUGCCACGAAGAAGGCCUUGAACACUACUUGCGCUCUUUCAUCAAGUACUGCUUCCGACCCGAGAAACCCAGCACGCCGCAGGCUAAGCUGACCCACGAAAUCUUGGGUGUCGCCAUGACCAAGAUUCUCAAGCAGUCGGCAGAUUUCUUAGCCAUCAAUAAGAUGUUAAAGUAUUCGUGGUUUUUCUUCGAGGCGCUGGCUAAGUCGAUGGCUCUAUACCUCCUGGACGAAAACAAAAUUAAGCUCCCCAGGGCUCAGCGAUUUCCCGAGUCCUAUAAUCACGUCCUGCAUUCUCUGCUGCUUGCCAUCAUCCCUCAUGUGAACAUUCGCUACAGCGAAAUCCCGGAGGAGUCAAGGAAUGUCAAUUUCAGCUUGGCCAACUUCUUGAAGCGAUGUUUGACCUUCAUGGACCGUGGGUUUAUUUUCAACUUGAUCAAUGACUAUAUUUCUAGCUUCAGUCCCAAAGACCCCAAGCUCCUGGUGGAAUAUAAAUUUGAAUUUCUGCAGACAAUCUGUAACCAUGAGCACUACAUUCCCUUAAAUUUGCCCAUGGCCUUUGCCAAGCCGAAACUCCAGAGAGUUCAAGAUUUCUUUUCCAUGGCUCUGGAACGGUUCACUUCAAUAGACGUCAACCUUGAAUUCAGCUUAACUGACGAGUAUUGUCGCCACCACUUCUUAGUGGGCUUGCUCCUGCGUGAAACAUCUGUUGCCCUCCAGGACAAUUACGACAUUCGAUGCAUGGCCAUCAGCAUCCUAAAGAGCCUGCUCAUAAAACAUGCUUUCGACAACAGAUACCAGCAUAAGAACCAGCAGGCCAAAAUCGCACAGCUGUAUUUGCCUCUGGCCGGCCUGCUUUUGGAGAACAUCCAACGCCUGGCUGGCCGGGACACUCUGUACUCUUCUACCACCAUGUUCAAUUCGACCUCGCGAGAUGAGUUUCUGUGCGGGUUUUCACCACCUUCCAACAGGUCAAGCCUCAUUGUCGAGAAAGAUGCACUUUAUGGUGCGGCUCCCCAGAACGGACUCGCCGUCAAGAGGGAGGAUUCCAAAGGAUCCCUCAGCUCUGAAGGAAUGGCUGGUUCUCCCGACCAAGGCGGCACCAGUGAAAAUAUGCGAAGAAGCUCUACGCGUGGCAGCAUCUCCCAGUACGGGCGUCUAGACCAGUAUGAGAUCCGGAGUCUCCUCGUGUGUUAUCUUUAUGUGAUCAAAAUGAUUUCUGAAGAUACCUUGUUAACAUACUGGAACAAAAUCUCCCUUCAGGAGCUGAUGAAUGUCCUAGUCCUUCUAGAAGUGUGUUUGUUUCACUUCCGAUACGUGGGGAAAAGAAACAUUGCCAGGGUUCAUGAUGCCUGGCUGACGAAGCACACAGGCACGGACAGGAAAUCCCAGACGAUGCCGGCCCUCCGCAGCAGAGCGGGCACCAUGCAGGCUCGUCUCCAGCACCUGAGCAGCCUCGACAGCUCGUUCACGCUUAAUCACAGUGCCGGCACAUCGGAGGCAGACAUUGUACACCAGGCUCUGCUAGAGGGCAACGCAGCAGCAGAAGUGGCUCUGACUGUCCUGGAUACCAUUUCGUUCUUCACUCAGUCUUUCAAGAACCAGCUCUUGAACAACGACGGCCACAACCCCCUGAUGAAAAAGGUCUUUGAUGUUCACCUUGCCUUUCUCAAGAACGGGCAGUCCGAGGCCACCCUUAAGCACGUCUUCGCGUCUCUGAGAGCGUUCAUAAACAAGUUCCCUGCAGCUUUUUUCAAGGGCCGGGUGAACAUGUGCGCUGCCCUCUGCUACGAAGUCCUGAAGUGCUGCACCUCCAAGCUGAGCUUGACUCGGAGCGAGGCCUCCGCCCUUCUGUAUCUGCUCAUGAGGAACAACUUUGAGUUCACCAAGCGGAAAACCUUCCUAAGGACUCAUCUCCAGAUCAUUAUUGCCGUGAGCCAGCUGGUCGCUGACGUGGGGCUUAGCGGAGGUUCAAGGUUCCAGGAAUCGCUGUCCAUAAUCAAUAACUUUGCCAACAGCGACCGACCUGUGAAGUCAACAGCUUUUCCUUCUGAAGUCAAAGACUUGACCAAGAGAAUCCGGACUGUGCUGAUGGCCACAGCUCAGAUGAAGGAGCACGAGAAGGACCCCGAGAUGCUGAUUGACCUGCAGUAUAGUUUGGCCAAGUCCUACGCCAGCACGCCGGAGCUGAGGAAGACGUGGCUGGACAGCAUGGCCAGGAUCCAUGUCAAGAAUGGCGAUUUCUCCGAGGCGGCCAUGUGCUAUGUCCACAUUGCAGCACUUGUGACGGAGUUCCUGCACCGAAAAAAAUUAUUCCCUACAGGCUGUUCAGCCUUCAAGAAAAUCACACCCAACAUUGGUGAAGAGGGUGCAAUGAAGGAAGACGCCGGGAUGAUGGACGUUCAUUACAGUGAGGAGGUGCUGGUGGAGCUGCUAGAGCAGUGUGCCGACGGCCUGUGGAAGGCGGAGCGCUACGAAACCAUCUCGGAGGUGGCCAAGAUGAUCAUCCCCAUCUACGAAAAGCGGCGGGAGUUUGAGAAACUUACCCAAAUAUACAGAACUCUCCACGGAGCUUACACAAAGAUCCUGGAAGUGAUGCAGACCAAGAAGAGGCUGUUAGGCACCUAUUUCAGAGUUGCUUUUUAUGGACAGGCUUUCUUCGAGGAAGAGGAUGGCAAGGAAUACAUCUACAAAGAGCCCAAGCUGACAGGCCUCUCAGAAAUCUCUCUGCGCCUGCUGAAGCUUUAUGGAGAGAAAUUUGGAGCCGAAAACGUCAAAAUCAUCCAGGAUUCGAAUAAGGUGAACGUCAAAGACCUGGACCCCAAGUAUGCCCACAUCCAGGUGACUUACCUGAAGCCCUUCUUCGACGAGAAAGAGCUCUCGGAGAGGAAGACAGACUUUGAAAGGAACCACAACAUCAAUAGAUUCGUGUUUGAGACACCGUACACUUUAUCCGGGAAAAAACACGGGAGUGUUGAGGAACAGUGCAAGAGGCGGACGAUCCUUACAACAUCCAACUCUUUCCCGUACGUGAAAAAGAGGAUCCCUGUCAGUUAUGAACACCAAGUCAACCUGAAGCCAAUUGAUGUAGCAACAGACGAGAUCAAGGCGAAGACGGCCGAGUUGCAGCAACUCUGCGCUUCACCGGAUGUUGACAUGAUCCAGCUGCAGCUCAAGCUGCAGGGCGCCGUUUCAGUGCAGGUCAAUGCUGGCCCGCUAGCGUAUGCAAGGGCUUUCCUAGAUGACGCACACGCCAGCAAAUAUCCAUCCAAGAAAGUGAGCGAAUUGAAAGAGAUGUUCCGGAGGUUCAUCCAAGCCUGUGGAAUUGCUUUGGAGCUCAAUGAACGCCUGAUCAAGGAGGAUCAAGCAGAAUAUCACGAAGGGCUGAAGUCCAACUUCAGGGACAUGGUCAAAGAGCUUUCGGACAUCAUCCACGAACAGAUAUACCAAGAGGACACGAUCCAUUCUUCGUGGGUUCACAACACACUGCAUGUCUUCUGCGCGAUAAGCGGAACUUCAGGAGAUGGCUAUGGUUCGCUUAGAUCCACUCCUGAUCUCUGAAAGGGACUUUGGAGUAUCCCUUUGACAUUUCCCAGACCUUUCUCAGGAAUACUAAUUGGAGCUUUGCCUGAAUAAAGAUAACGUUCAAACCCGUGACCAGUAUGCAUUCCACGCAGUUUCUCUGCCAAAGCAGAAUUGAUGGGCCUUCAAAAAAAAAAAACACCACAGGGUACUUGCUCAAUUUCACUCACCAACCAUGGAAGUGCCUCCCCACUUGUCUCGUUUUUUGUUUUGGACAGUUGCUAAAUCUAUACCAGAUGCCAAACGGCAUUUAUCAAACCACCUUGGACUAAAGAAUGAACCUGAAAAUGGUACUCUGUAAAGUUGUGCAAUGGGGUUAUAAUAAACUGUUUUGUAAAUAA